UUGAAUGUUUUAUGAUUUUUAACUUUUUAAACGGUAACAUCUUUACCAAUUUCCUCCUGAAUAAACAUGAAUUCUGUCAAUUCAGUGAUUAUAAACGACGAUGACAUAAUUGUUGAGUCAAGUAGUUCGGGUCCAGGAACUCCAAUGGCACCGAGCAAUCCAGACACUCCUAGGUCGUUCAUUGAUUUGGACGGCAACAGCAACCGAAACACACCACCGCCUGCUCGGCCUCAUUCUUCGUCAUUAACACAAAUUCAACAAUCUUCACAGUACUUAUCUGCAACUCAAAGUAAAUAUUCACAGUUGCUGGCGGUAAUUGAAGAUAUGGGUAAAGAUAUUCGCCCAGCAUAUUCUGGCAGCAAAACGUCUGCAGAGAGAUUAAAAAGAGGAAUAAUGCACGCAAGGAUUCUUGUGAGGGAGUGUUUGAUGGAAUGUGAUAGAAUAGCCAGAACAUGAGGAAAUAAAAAAAAACAUUUAAAAUUUUUUUUCAUUUAAACAGUUAUUGUUUUAGCUUUAAAAAUUGCCAGUUGCACACAUAAUAAUAAAUUUUUCGUCCUGGUUUUAAAUUUUUCUAAAAUUUAUAAAACAUCCGCUAAUUUUUCAAAGUCAUUGAUGUUGAAUUGAAAGUGUUUAUUUUACUCUCAUUAGUUUUUUCUUUGUUGAGUCACUCUACACCUUUUUGUCCCUUACACUGCUACAGAUCAAAAUUUUGUGUUGCAAAGCAGGAGUGUAUUUGCAUGAUGUUUAAUAAAUGUUGGCUUUUUGGUUUAUGCCAUGCGACAUCACAUUUUUAUGUAUGUACAGAGUCACUGCGCCUAUGCGACGUGAGAUGGGACUGCCUUCAAGAGUGGAGUGGCGACCUCGGGGUUAUCUCAUGUUUACAUCUUAUUUUAUAUCUUUCGGGCUUUAAUGCUUGUUCAUUCAUCCAAACAACUGAGCCCCUAAGAUACAAAAUAAGAAUAUAAAAUAUCUAGCUUGUCUAUCAAAUUAAAUAAUUUAAUUCACAUUAAAUGAAUCCCAAUGUGCUGAACGUAAUUUAAAUAUUUUCUCAGAGUAAAUUGAAGUUGCCCUUGCACACUAGCUAUGAUUUCCUCUCAACCUUUGUUAGUAUUGGAUGUAGAUUAUCCCGCUGAUAGCGCUGAAUGGUGUCCCUUUGAUAAUUUCCAUGACAUUCUUCUGUGUGGAAACUAUCAACUGCAAGCAAAUGAAGGUAGUAAUGAAAGUGACACAAAAAGAUUUGGUAGGGUGCUGUUGUUUGAAAAAUCUAAAAGCUCAUUUAGCUUGGAAAUAAAAGAUGAAAGAAAUCUAUGCGGAGUGUUGGACAUAAAAUGGAGUUAUAAAAAGCUUCACAAUAAAUUAAUAUUCGGUGUGGUAGAUGCCGAUGGGAUUUUAUCACUUUGGGAAUGUGUUAAAACUGGACAGGACGCCCAAAUGUGCCCGGUGAAAACUUCUUUGUGCAACUUUGAUGAUCCUUGUCUUGCUCUUUCAUUGGAUUGGAAUAAUGCUAUUGAUUACAACAAUCCCGAAAUAGUUGUUAGUUAUUCUAAUGGCUUUUUGGCUACGCACGUUUGCACUGAAACUGGGAUGAAUAUCUUACAUCAGUGGAAGGCUCAUGAUUACGAAGCUUGGAUUUGUGCAUUUAAUUAUUUCAACAGCAACAUCAUUUAUUCAGGCGGAGAUGAUUGCAAAUUAAAACUUUGGGAUAAAAGAUGUCUUAAGAAGGCCGUCGUCACGUCCAACCGCCACUCAAUGGGUGUCUGCAGCAUACAGAGCAAUUUUCACAAAGAAAAUGUUUUGGCUACGGGAAGUUAUGAUGAGCAUGUGCUGCUAUGGGACGGAAGAAACUUGAAAUCUCCUUUAGAUGAUACACAUGUCGGUGGAGGAGUGUGGAGAAUGAAAUGGGAACCUAGUCAAGGAAAUUAUUUGGCGACGGCUUCAAUGCACAAUGGUUGUCACGUCAUCAAUUAUACUGACACAUCUGCAGCUGAUCGACCCGUCUGUAAAUAUAACAACCACCAGUCUUUAGUUUAUGGGAUAGAUUGGUACAAAGGAGCUUCAUACAACACAAAAACUUUGGCUUCUUGUUCAUUUUACGACCGUUCAUUGCAGUUAUGGGAUUUUAAAAUUAAAUAAAUUGUUUUGUAAUAUUGU